ACGUAUAUCUAGUUUAUCGAUAGGCGGAACCAAAUCGCAUGCCAACUGCGACUCAAAGCGACGGGUGUUUGACACAGUCUUAACAAAGGAAUGAAUGGGUGAAAUGUGCAAUGGUGCAUUUCUCAUAGUCAUGUGAAUAGAAUAGUUCUGUAUACACAGUAGUGUACACAUAGCAGGUCACUGUCGCCAAAACAAAAAAACAUGGCCAUGUUUCUACCAAGGCAUCGCCUGGUUAGUGAUGGAUUAUUGUCUGGUCGUAUCUUUGUUUUCACUCUCUUCACUACAGCUUGCAAGUUCCUGUUAGUUUUCUCGCAGCCACAGAACGCCCCUGGUUAUUUAGGAUGCUACGAGGAUUGUGAAGGUUCGAAAUGUCAAAGUCAUGAACGUGUGCUCUCGAUCGGACCAAUAGACCACGACCCCCAGUCUGUAGAGUGGUGCUUCAGACGCUGUCUGGAAAUAGAAUUCAUCAGCUACAAAUACGCAGGACUGGAAUACAGUUAUGAAUGCUUCUGUGGAAAUAACGAAGACUACGACAGACAUGGGGAAAAGGACGACUCCGAGUGUCAAGAUAGGUGCACGGGAAACAGCGACCAGUUCUGUGGAGCCUCCAAGCGGAUCUCCAUCUACAGAAUAUCGCAAGGAGUGUGCAGUAAUGACAUAGUGCCACCCACCAACGGAGCCCACAACAUCACCAACCCGCGUUCACUUUCUUACAAUCUCAAAAACUUCAAGUUCUUCGGGACUCGUGUAGAUUUCUCCUGUGACCCUGGAUAUACCCUCCAUGGAGCAUCAAGCAUUGAAUGCAUUGAGACUGGCUACAACAACGUCACGUGGAGUGACUCGGUACCGACAUGUGAAGCUGAUGAUUACGGGGCUACUUCUACAGACCGAUAUAACAGUUCCAGCACAACGGCAAAGGGGACUAACGAUACGCAUAAAGGAGAGUUAGAGACAGGUAUGAUAGUUGGAAUAGCAGUUGGAAUAAUAGCGACAUUGACUGUGGCUCUUUUGGUGGUGGUGAUAUAUCUACGGAAGAAAAGAGCCAAUAAAAGAACUGGAAGAUCAGACGUUGCCAUGGACACGAUGGGACCAACAUACGCCAACACUUCGCACGGUUUACCAGUAGUUAGCCAGCCCAGCACUGAACCAACCCAAGCAGCCCCACCCGUGUACAGCCAUAAAGACGCCCAUUACGAUCACGUGUACGCUACUCCUGAUGACGUCACCGUACCGGGGGACGCGCCUACCAACCGUGAUGAUGGUGAGAGUGGUUGGGUUGAGAAUACAGUGUACGGGUGCGAAUCCUUUCCAAUUGAGUGACGACAGAGAUUCAAUACAGAAAUAACACCGCACAUGCAGAACCACUCACAAUGUAAAAAGCCUAAAUAGAUAAAGUAUUACCAACUGUAAAGUAAAUCUCAUCAUUAGAAACAUAGUUUAUCUUAAAUUGGUUUUAAUGUUCAAAGUUCCAUUGAAAGGAAUUUUCAGCUAAGCCUUUAACUAUCAUAUUUUUUAUAUUACACUUGUCGCUGAAUUAAAUUGCGGCAAUAUAAUACAUGCACACGGACAUUCAGGAGUACGCUUUCCGUUCGAGCCUUGCCUUGUGCCUUGUCUCAUGUUCACAGUGCAUUACUGCAUAUCAAUAUAGCCGCUCGUCACUUCAUAAAAGCCACGGGAAAUAUACUGCUGUUAAUCCAUUUACAUGCCAAAUAUGCGGUCUUAAGUAACACUACGUGGAAUUUAUAUACAGUGUGUUGAACAUUUCGACCUGUGCGUGUCAUACAUACAACAAACUGCAUGGUGUCACCGUAAUUUUUUGAAGGCAAUGGACACCAUUUGCGAACAUUCAACAUGAAUCUGUCAAAAUAUCAUGAACUAUCAAAUAAUAGGACCAUGCAUCCUGUGAAAUCAUGAGUACAGUAUGCUGUUAUUUUUGAGAAAAGACUAUCCUUGCGGUGGUUAUAGGACCAAACCAUGCGUCGAGAAAAAUGAAAGAUGCACAUUUGUAGUUUUCUAAAAAAACACAAAAAAACCCAAAAACAAUAUCUACUUCGAUGAAAUUGCGACAGGUUAUUUUUUUCAAUAACCUGCUUCAGAUUUGUUGUUGUUCCCUGAAUCGGCACAAAAACAUUUUUGUUUUUGCAAAUGGUAUCCAUUACCUAUAAAGUACGAAAAGCUGAAUAUGAGUCUCCCAAUGCAGCUGGGAAUAGCACAGUGGAUAGCACAGUUAUCUAUUUCAAGUUGAAAGCGGUUACUACAAGUUCAAGUGUACGCUUAAAUAAAUGUCAAUAAGCCUUUUGCGAAGAUGGUGGACACAGUAGGAGGGCGCUAUUUAGAGCCCUAAAGUCUUUUAUCCACUCCAAAAGCACCAUCCAUGUUGUGUCCACACUCUCUCAAAAAUGUUAAUUAGUGACAAAGGUAAAAGACAAUGUUCCAAAAGAAAUUUGCCUAUUCAAGGAACUAUAAUAUAGUAUACAGCGAUGCCCGAAGCAGGUUAUUAAGAGACUAACCUGUCGAAAUUUCAGAUCAGUAGAUUUGACACUUUUGAGAAAACUGAGAAAAUGCAUAAUUUUUCUCGACGCAAAGCAUAGGUUUCCGUUGAAAGCAUGAUGGUUUGGUCCUCAAUCGCGAGGAAAUGAAGGGUAAUUCCUCUUUUCUACCCCCCCCCCAGAA